CUUGCCACUUUCACCGCAAAGUGUAUUGUCAUCCAGGGUAAAAAUUGUUUAAGAUACCUUUAUUAGAAUAACACUGAAGAAAAUGACUCUUUUAAGUGAAAAUCCAGGGAGAUCAUUACCUGAUUAUACGACACAAGUAGCAAAAAUGAGAAGUUUCAGUCCAUAUGCCGAUAAUGGAGGGAGUGUUAUAGCGCUUGCAGGAGAUGAUUUCUGUGUAAUAGCAGCGGACACACGUCUCAGUACAGGCUUCUCUAUUUACACGCGUGAACAAAAGAAAUUAUUUCCUUUGUCAACUAAAACUGUUUUGGGUUGCUCAGGCUGCUGGUGUGAUACACUUAGCUUAACUAGACUCUUGUCUGCUCGAAUGCAGAUUUAUGAGCAUGAACAUCAGAAAGAAAUGCCAACACCAGCAGUUGCACAAAUGCUGUCAACAAUGUUAUACUAUAAACGUUUUUUUCCUUAUUAUGUUAGUAAUAUUCUUGGUGGAUUAGAUGAGAAUGGUAAAGGAUGUGUUUACAGUUAUGAUCCAAUUGGACAUUGUGAAGUGACAACAUAUAGAGCAGGUGGUUCAGCUGGAGCUCUUUUACAACCUCUUCUUGACAAUCAGAUUGGAUAUAAAAAUCAGGAAGGUGUUGAACCUAUUCCUUUAACUCAAGAAAAAGCUGUUGCUAUUAUAAAAGAUGUUUUCACAUCAGCAGCAGAAAGAGAUAUUUACACUGGUGAUUCUAUAAGUAUCAAAGUUAUAACACGAGAUGGUGUACAAGAUUCAAGCUUUGAAUUGAGAAAAGAUUAAUGAAAUGGGAUAAAAAUUGUGUAUUACCAAACUUCUAUACGAAUAAAAUUAACGCU